AUGGAGGACAGUUCUAUAGUAGAGCGUAAUAGGAUAGAGAUUGACAAUAGAGAAGUAGUACUUAGCGUAGAUGAUGUAUCAAUAUCUAUAGAAUCGAGUAAUGAGUUUCCUCCACCACCUCCAGAAGAAGAAAUCGUUGCUAUAGUAACAAAAAAGGAACCUAAAGGGUUCACUAAUAUGGUAGCAUAUAACGUAUUACCAGAAAUGCUUGAACACGUUAAUCCACCUUGA